UAUCAAAAAUGAUCAUUACCGCAACAUGAUAUUACAUUAAAUAUAUGCAUUUACAAACUCAUGUUUCGGUAAUGAGAACUAAAAAGUUGUACUAUGACAAACAAAAUUUCAACUUUUAUCUGGAGAGAAAAAAUAAGAACUGCUUACCUGGUAGCCAUCUUGAGUGUCACAGUCAAUUAUGUCCCUUCAAACAAUUUGUUUUUUUUUAUGUUAGUUCCUUGAGGGCUUAAACAAUGAUUGAAAAUUGUUGCGGAGAAUGAGAAAAUUUUUCUUGGACACUACUCUUGGUCUCUACAUUUACCAAUGAUCACCAAAUACCACAUGUUUCGUAUUUUCUUGAACUUUAAAUGUCUGGUUUGGAAGAAAUGAAAAAAUUACGUUUAAGAACGUUUAAUACGUUCAAAUACGUUUAAGAAUCCGUUAAAUGCCACAAGUUUUCAGCAAUGUUCUCUAAGUGCACAGAUGAAGAAUUGAAUGAACGAUUGAUCACAUACGUCACUGUGGAAGAGUUUUUUAUCCAGUUAAAGGCGGAGUCCACGAUGUUUGAAAAAACGCGUUGGAAAAGGAGACGGGCCGACUACAAAAACACACUUAUAGCCAAUCAAAUCAAAUCAAAUGCCGGUUUGCGUAUGUGUGGGGCGGGUCUAUCAACAGAAGGUCCAGAUUCUAUUGGGGUAGGGGCGUGUUUGUUUAGGUGAUUUCAAAUAUCAACAUUGGCUUUCAAACAUCAUGGACUCCGCCUUUAAAGGUCGUCUACCAAAUAUAUAGGUUUCAUGAAACAUUUUGAUAAAAAAAGUAAAUGCAAAGUAAAGUAGCUCAGCUCCGCACCGUUCUAAAAAAAUCGAACACAUUGUUUUCUAUGAGUAUACGCACACCGGCGCCGCCCAGCUGUGACUCAGGAAGUUGCUCAAAUCCCUAUUGCGCCACACAGCGCCACUCACAUAGUUUAACAUUAAAUAACAUCAUAUUUGUCCCAAAUCAUUAAGGAUUAACAUUGGCUGCUAACGUAUAUUUUGCAUUUUGAAGUAGACGCUAUCUGACGAAGCUCACGCUAUUUAAUGUGCACUUCCGGUUUACAAACCUCCGAGUUGUCCUAGACGCGACUCGACGCGGCGCGGCCGGUGUGCGACCCCCUUAAGAGUAUCAAAAUAAGAAGCAUACAGUUACAAACAUCUCUUCAUGUACUGUUUUGCGCAUGAUUUCAAAUGACAUCAUACAAACCAAUUUUGUUGUUUUGUCCACGUUUAAGGGGAAAAUUUUCAUUACCGCAACGUGUCCAUGACUGGAUUUGGGUUCUUUGACAUGAAAAUACUUAUAAUUAAAAAAUCUAAAAAAUAAAAAGCUUCAGUGCAUGUUAUACUAUAAACACUUACAGUAAAGAAAAUGAGCGCCGUCUUUAACUCAUUCCCCGCCAGCCAUUUUUUUAAGUUGCCCGCCAGCAUUUUUUGUGAUUUUAACAAAAGUUUCACAAAAUGCCUUCCAGGAAAAUUAUCUUCUAAAAAUAUAUAAACAUACAAAUAUAUCAAAUGAAUAAACAGACUCUCUGCUUUCAAACAAACAAGAAACAAACAAACAAAACGGGGAAAAACAUUUCAUCGGUUUUUCUCUGCUUAUAAACUCUUAAAUAUGGGUAUUUUUCUUUAAAAAAAUAAUAUUUUUUUAGCAGAAAGCUGAAAUAAUAGCAUUUUUGUGAAAGAGUUUUGUUAAAGAUCAGAUUCGGAACAAUUAUAAAAACAUGUUUGUGUAUGCACAAAAAGCUCCAAAGACAAAGGAAUGCAUGAAAUUGCAUCAUAUGACCCCUUUAAUGUUUAUUAAUGAUGCAAAUUGUUCAUGUUAGUUUAUUGUGCAAUAACUAAUGUUAACAAUUACAACAUUUAAUAAAAAACAAUUGUAUUGGAAAAUUCUGUAAUUUACAUGAACUACAAUAAUAAAUAGUAAAUGCAGAAGUAUUGCUCAUUGUUAGUGCAUGUUGGUGUUAACAAACACAACCUUAUUGUACAUUUCCAAUGAUCAAAUUAGUGGCUAAAUAUAUUUUACGUGUAAUGAAUGUAUUAUUUACUCAAAAGAACAUUUGUGAAAUACAAUAAACAGUGAGGCCAUGAAGCAACAAGCCCCCAACACACAAACACACACACAUUCAGUAUAAUCACCAACCCUCCUUCUCCACCCUUAUAUAUACAGACUAAUUCAAUGACUUACAAACAUGCCAUCGUGAUGCCAUGAUUGUGUGAAUAUCUAUGCAUGUGCAAGUUUGUGUGUCUGUAUCUGUGUGUGUGUGUGUCAGCAGCAUAACAUAGCCCAACCCUUAAGGAACCCGCAGUACUCUGAGUUGGGGGACGUGCUAACAAAUAAUGAUGUUAAUUGUUUGAGGAAGACUGUGAAACUUUGACUCAAUAUGAAGGCAGAAAAGGAGGCUUUUCCUUGGGCAUCGGCCACUUUAGCGGCACCAAUCUUCUUAAUCCUUGUAGUUCUGAUUCCUUCAGGAUGUGUUCAAGGGGUGAACAUUACGAGUUCAGAGACUCUGAUCAGAGGGACGGUGGGUGGAGAAGCUCUUCUCUCCGUCCGUUACUCAAGCACCAGUCAGGAUCCUCCUGUUAUCAAGUGGCAGCUGAAGAGGGAUAAACCCGUUACGGUGGUCCAGUCCAUCAGCACUGUGAUCAUCGGUAACCUGCGGCCAGAAUACAGAGAUCGUAUACUUGUGUUUGAGAACGGCACACUGCUGCUCCAUAACCUCAGGCUGUCUGAUGAGGGCACUUAUGAAGUAGAGAUCUCCAUCACAGAUGACAUAUUCCCUGGAGAGGGAAGCAUCGAGCUAACAGUGGAUGAGCCAAUCUCUAAACCAUACGUCCACAUGGUGACCUCCACUGUUCUGGAAUUGACUGAGAAUUUCAUGCUAAACUGCACCCAUGAUACCGGCACGAAGACCACCUACAGCUGGACAAAAGGUGGGAAUCAAUUAUUGAAUGAGACUCGCCUGAUCCUCUCAACUGACCAGAAGGUCCUGACCAUCACACGUGUAUUAAUGGUAGACGAUGAUGUCUACAUUUGUAUGGUGGAAAACCCCAUAGGUAGCAUGCAAAGCCUACCAGUCAAACUUACAGUUUACAAAAGAAGCUCCCUUUAUAUCAUACUGUCUACGGUGGGCAUCUUUGUCCUUGUCACUCUUGUAACUGUGUGUGCUUGCUGGAGGCCAUCAAAAAACAGAUCUAAAAAACAGAGGACAAAGACUAUGAUACCAAGAGCCAUUCCCCAAAACCAUCACAUCCACUAUCAUGACAAGCCAGAGGAUGAUGUCAUCCCAAUAAUGAUUGAUCAUGAGCGGAGGAAUCCUGUGUCACUCUACAUCUUAAAAGAGAAGGAUCCUCCAGCUGGUGAACCGACGACAACAUGUGAAACAUGCACCUCCAACGGAAGCAGCCUUCCAGGCUACAGCAGCUCGAUUCCUCCUCCAUCCGACUCUCUCGAGCCACCAGCACGCUCCACACGCAGAUACCCUCGCACCCCGACUAAAUCCCCACCGGCCCACCGCCGCCGGAGGAAGGGACACAGCCAGAGCCCACCGGCUCCCUCUCCUUCUCGCAGCCGGGUGUCGAGUCGCUCCUCGUCUGUGCCCUCACCUGUGAAUCCAUCCAGCCCUGCAUCAGAAUCCAGAGGCUCUCCAAAAACAUAGAUGCUGACCUCUGUCGAGCCCACAUGCGGCAAAGAGACUUUUGAUAUUAGUGACCUGCACAAAUACUUUGAAUUAAUGUGUGUACAUAUGUAAAUACACAAUGUGAGUGGCCCCAAACAAUGCAUUUCAAGAUUGUUUUCCUUUAUCUUUUUAUAUUUGAAUGCACUUUGUGAAUGUAGGUUCUUUACUAGACUCUUAUAGAUGCCAGGUACUGAAAUGUGAUUAUGUUGUGUUGACAAAACAAAAAAAUACUGUUAUUGCUCAAACAAGGCUAGGGUUUUAUUUCUAAAUUCGUUCAACCAAAGCAAAAAUGUUGAACUUGCAAUCCCAUUCAGUUUCAAGCUCCAACUCAUUUAGUCUGAUCUGAAUUAAUUUGCUAAAGUUUUUGUCUUUCUAAAUGAUUCUGAUUGGUCAAUAGAUGUGUUUUGUUUACGAUAAACCACAGCUAUCUGCUUGUUAAGGCUGUGUCCGAAAGUUCUAAAAUGCUGCCUUCGGAGGCAGGAAGGCAUCAAGGCACAUCCGAAUCCAAUGUUAGGUUUACUUCCUGUCUCCUGAGAUACUUUCAUCAGCCCUGUCCCAAAUGGCACACUCCGGACUUGUGGACUUCCUCAGAGUCCACGCUUUGAUGACAUCAUGUAGUGCAGACCUUAGGGACCCUUGACCCGAGUCCACAAGGGUGCACUGGAGUUGUAUUUGGGACAGACUCGAGCAUAAUGCUGCAAAUAGGAAGAGAAGUGCUCGUUUGAUUGCUCUUUCGCAAGGACUUUUGGGUUGGUAAAGUGUGUGGUGCCUAAGCCCAUUAAGGGUGCAAAGGGGGCGCUGAUGAGCACACUUCAGAGCGUAAAAUGACAGAUGGGACACUAUAGACUAAGCAAGCAUGCGCAAUUUACGACCACUAGACCGAAAGUCCACAUCAAGUGCGCCAUUUGGGACAGGACCAUCGUCUUGUCCCACAAUUCUAUGCGUGUGUGGGAGGGGGGAAUGUGAUUGGUCAAGUUCGAAAAAACAAAAUGGCAGCCAAGAAUGGACUUGAGCAGCUGGAGCACAAAUUUCGUGUAAAUUAGGUGAUAUUUUCACUUUUUGAUUGCAUUUCUAGUGAGAAAUUAGUAUUGUAAUUUUCAAAUAUGGGAUUCGUUAUCACAAAGGCACUCUCUGUUUAUAUUUUAAACAAAAUUUCACUACGCUGCCUAUGAAGUCUGUCCGAAUGCGUUUAUAAAGUCCAAAAGUCAUUGCCUCAUGAGGCAGCGAGGCAACAAGUCAGCUGCCUACGCGGCCAUCAUCACACAAGCUUGUGUUUUCAGUCUGACGCAAUCUCAUACGUAUGAAUGGAAGUCAAUGGAACGAAAAGUCUAGUGUGAUCGUGGCUUUAGCCAUAAACCCAAAACAGACUGGAUUGUUUCAUCCUAUAAUUGGUUCCAUCUAGGUUAAUUUAGUCUAUAGAGUUACCCAACCAUGGAUUAAAACAACCCAGGAUUUUUACUGUAGCAGUGCAACCUGUCAGUAAAAACUACCAACACCAUAUAAACCAGAAUCUGCCAAGCAACCACUCAGAACACCAUCAAAACCAACUAGCAGAUCACUGCAGCGUCAUCUUAGCAACCACUGAGGACACCCUAGCAACCACUUAACAUACUGUAAACUUUCAUGCAGUCUUCAUUCCAAGCCAACAUUUAGAGUUUGUCUUAAUGAAGUGUUUUUCUAGUUUCAGUGAAUGUAAACAAAAAGUAGAGAUAUUCUUUAAAUAAAAAUGUUAAAAAGCACAAGUGGAAUCUUUCACAGACGUGGUUUUGUGCCAUGUUUCUCCUGAUGAAAAUCUGAGUGUUAUGCAAUCUCUCUCUAGACGAAGUUCAUACCGUUCCUGAAUAGGGAGUGACAAUGUGCUUGCUGAUUCACACAAAAGACACAAUAGGCUCCUUGUUGUGCAUAAACACAGCCUUUGAGAACAAACAUUGUAAAGUUUAAAAGGCUGUUAUUGUGUUACUUUAUUCCCAUACAUAAAUUGGAGGAAUAAAACACAAAUGCUUCGGGAAACGCUGAAGUUAUCAUACAGACCAGUGGUUCUCAAACUUUUUCGGCAUGCAACCCCCCUUGUGUACACUGCAUCCCUUCAUGGCCCCCUAAAGAAAAUGUAAAGAAAAUGUAUGACAUAAAAC